CCAAAUCAUCGCGCCACCCAUUGCUUGAGCUCGUCUGGUUAGCGGCACGUCAUACGCCCAGCGCUCCAGCUCUGAUCCGCUGCACGCCUGUUGCGACCUUCCCUCCCAACAGCUCCGCUGCCCCUUACUCCCUUUUGAUCAUCUUCUUCUCCCAGACACGUCGCAGCCAUGAGUAAAAUCGCAAGAUCCGUCAAGAACGUGACAAAGGGCUAUAGCCAGGUUGAAGUCAAGGUCCGGAAUGCCACCAGCAACGAUCCAUGGGGCCCUGUGGGCUCCGACAUGGCUGAGAUUGCCCAAAUCACCUUCAAUAGUUCGACCGACUUCUACCAGGUGAUGGACAUGCUGGACAAACGACUCAACGACCGAGGCAAAAACUGGCGCCACGUCCUCAAAUCGCUCAAGGUGCUUGACUAUUGCCUGCACGAGGGCUCAGAGCUCGUCGUAACCUGGGCGCGCAAGAACAUCUACAUCAUCAAGACAUUGCGCGAAUUCCAACACAUUGAUGAGGACGGCCGUGACGUCGGUCAGAAUGUGCGAAUGGCAGCCAAGGAGUUGACCUCGCUCAUCAUGGACGAGGAACGAUUGCGCGCCGAGCGAGCCGACAGGAAGUCGUGGAAGUCGCGAGUUACGGGCAUUGAGGAAUAUCCUGGAGGGGGACCCCAGGGUGUAGAUCACGAUGCGCAAAGGCGCCAGCGGAACGGCGAACAGCGCCGUAACCGUAGAACAGAAGAAGAAGACAUUGAGCUUAGGCUAGCCCUUGAGGCUAGCAGGAAUGAGGCCGAAGAAGAAAAGAAGCGUCGAGAACGCAGCGCGAGGGCCGACGAGAAUGAUGAUGAUCUGGAAAAGGCGAUCAAGCUGAGUAAAGAGGAGGAGGAGUUGCGCCGCAAGGAGCUCGAACAAACCAAUGCCGACCUGCUUUUCGGAGAGACUACCGCCCAGCCAAGUGUCUACCAGCCCACCGGAAACAACCAGGGUUAUCAGCAGCAGGGUCAGGUUGACUGGUUUGGCAACCUUGUGGAUCCAAAUCAGCAGCAGCAGCAACCCCAAAACACUGGUUUCCUCAACAGUGCAUACGCUCAGCCUACCGGAAUGCAGCCCCAGCAGACGGGAUUCCAGAACGGGUUUGGAGGCUAUGGAGGUUACCAACAACAGCCACAACCGACGGGAUUUGAUCAGUUUGGCGCCCAACAGCAACAGCAAUUUUUGCAACCUCAGCACACUAUCCAGCCCCAGCAAACCGCUUUUACGAACAAUCCGUAUGGCCAGUUUGGCGGAUUUGGAGACAUGAGUCAGCAGCAGCAACCACAGCAAGACCAGAACACACUCCAACCUGGCAACCACAACCCAUGGGCUACCAACAAGACCCAGGAAUCCCUGAUGCCGCAGCCGACUGGCUCCAAUAACCCGUUUGCGCAGUCUUUCAACCGACCGCAGCCAACACAGUCCUUUACACAACCGACGCUGAACACUCUCAGCGAGCAAAAGACUCAGACGCAGUUCAACACCCCGUCCUUCAGCCCACAGCCAUCAUUCUCUCCACAGGCGACGCCGCAACCGCAGCAGCAACAGCGACCACAACCGCCACAGAAGGAAAUGGACCCGACCGCUGCGCGACUCAACGCACUCUUGGCAACUGGAGAGGGUCAGGACACUUUUGGCAACGUAGGAAACAUGCGUAUUCCCGCUCAGCACACUGCGCCAGGAACGUUUGUCAACUCUGCCGGCGCGGGCUUGAACAAGAUCAACGCAAAUGCCACUGGAAACAACCCCUUCCUGAACUCGCAGUUUACAGGCAUGCCUCAACAAAACCGCUUGAUGCCUGCACAGACUGGACCAGCGAGCAACUUUGGUGCCAACCCUUAUGGCAAUGCCAACCCAUUCGGUGCCCAGCAGCAACAGCAGAACCGACAACCUGGCAGCAACAACCUAAUAGACUUGUAAGUUAGUCUAGGCAGGUAUGCGGAGGAAUUUUCUUAGUUUUUUUUGGUCGCCUCCGCUACCUGGUGUCUGUAACUGGAGGACGGUUACCUAAAGACAUUGUUCCUUAUGCUCUUGAGAUUCUGAGGGGAAGUAGGGGGGGAGUGUCUGAAUGCUUCAUAGUUUCAAGGUUACAACAAACUGCAGGAGGCGGAACAGACGGAUAGGGCGUGUGGUUGUUUUCUGAUUCCCUUUAUUAUUAAUUUCUCGACCGACACCGAUUGUGUAGAUACGAAGCCGGCGGUCUGCACUGUCCUGGCUGCAGUAGGUAACAAUUUGGUGUAAAUCAUUUGACAGAGGCAAAUUUUCGCAACAUCAUUUUA